CGGGUUGCAGCACAUAAUAACUAAGCAGACAGCGGUUCUCUCCCCCUCAAAGUGCACAGAACUCUCUCCUCUUCCUUCGACGUCGAUCGAACAGCGCCCUCUUCUAGUCUUCCAAUGCAACAGUUCUCUUCACCUAUCCGUCUGUCUGACUGAUUGACUGACUGACUUGUCCUGACCUGCUCACAUUUACCUCAUACUUCACAUGAAUCAAUGUUCCUUGCAGAGUGCUUCAGGUCCACUUGCUACAAUGGCUCUGAUCACCACGAGAUUCACAGACGCCCACUGGGCAACAUUCAGAAUGGUUGACCCCGCGUCUUCUACAAUCAACUAACCACUGCUGCAAUAUUUCUCCUGAUUUCACAACUCAUCCUUCGCUCCACAUCCAGUUUCGUUGGGUGAUGACAAUAGGUUUGUCAAGGAUUUUCACCACAAUUUCUCUUUCACAUGAUUGCUCGCAACUAUAAUUUCAUUCUUCGAUGAUUCCUUUCCAUGGUUCCAUCUAGCUUAUCCCUCACAGAGGGGGUGGCAUGUUGGGUGCACUUGAUCUUGUUAAUAAUUAUACGAAGAAUGACUCACACUUCAUCCGGACAUAUCCUGCUACCUAUGCAGGUAUCCACGUCUUGAUCCACAAAAAGUUAGGGGCUCUGGCUGAGAACAAGGAGUGGCAGCAGGCGCCACCGUUACUCUACGGCUGCCUAGACGAGUCAUCCAGUCAACCCAGCAAUAUUGUGAGCAAGGCAACUCAUCAAACGCCAGUUGGAAAUGCCGCAGCCACAGCAGCCGCCACUCUUACAGCUCUUAUACGUGAUACCUUUCACCGGUAUGCGGGCCAGCUCGCGAAAUGGUGUUGUCACUCGGAAUCGGAGUCGGAGCUCUGGCCGGAGUGGUUGGUUACAUCAGCAGGUACACCCAGCCUAGUCCGGAUCCGAUGCAAGGGAGGGUUCAGGGCCUAACCCUGGGGUUUCAUCAGGUCUGGUGACCUCCACAGCCUGGCUCGGCGUCCAGCUCAACAGGCUUCACCCCGAAUCCAUGAUGCACUUCUUAUACCGCUUGAAUGCCUGACAGAUUUUUGGGUAUGUCAUAUCUGACCUGACUCACUUCCAGUAUCAUCACGAUGCAUCUUGUCGAUGAAAUAGGAUGAUGGGGGCUCUGUGCCGAUCGUUAUUCCUCCAAGGUUUGGAAGGUUGUGGAAUGCCUGGUUGCAUUUUCAGCUUAUGUUGUUGUCUUCACCACCACCUGAAGACUUUUUUUUUUUUU